UCGAUAUGUUUCCCUCGGGGCGAUGGCUUUUUCCGGUAAUCGGUCUGAUACUUAACGUUAAUUUCUGGGUCCAAGGCGACCGGGUUCUCGUCAUCGCCCCCUUCGAAUCGCACGCACAAUGCCUGAUGAUGAUGCCUUAUAUACAGGGCCUCACCGAUCGGGGUCACCAGCUGACGGUGAUACAUGCAUUUAAGCACUGCAAACCCAUUCAAAAUGUGACCUUAAUACGUAUUAGGGAUUAUAAUAACGUUUAUUCAGACUUUGAAGACUUUCUGAUCGCUUCUGCGGCGAACAAGUGGGGAGAAAUGCAUUUUUUGACGAAAAUCAUGGUUAAUGUUGGUCUAAAUGUAAUGAAUAAUGGGGAGGUUCGGGCCUUGAUCCAAUCGAAUGUCACAUACGACUUGGUAGUGGUGGAACCGUCUUUCACCGAUCUGCUCUACGGACUGGCAGCGCAUUUUAAGGCUCCACUGAUCGGACUUUCCACCUGUGCAUCGGAUUGGAAUCUUAAUAGCCUGUUAAAUCACGGAUCGUCCCUUUUGGUGGAGCCAGUGAUGCCGAAUGGCAUAAUGCCCGUGCGGAAUAUUUGGGAUCGCAUCUACACUUGGUACUACACCACCGAGGAGUGGCUGCUGAUACAGCUAGUUUUACUGCCGAAACUGAAACUGGUUCACGAUCACUUCUUUGGCCAUCUUAAUCAGAGCUUUUCAGAGAUACGACACGGUUUCUCUUUAAUACUUUUGAAUCAGCAUUUUAGCUUGUUUCAGCCCAGAUCAACUGUUCCAAGCAUGAUCGAGGUGGCUGGCUUCCAUGUACCCAAAGAGGAUCCAAAGUUACCCGAGGAUCUGCAGGUGUUCAUCGAUGAGGCCGAACAUGGUGUGAUCUACUUCACUUUGGGUGUGGAGCAGAAGAGUGAGGAUUUGCCAAAGGAAACCCAGAAAAUGCUGCUGGAUGUUUUCAAGUUAAUGCCACAGCGAGUGAUUUGGAAGUUUGAGGGUAAACCUCCGGGGAAUUUAACCAGUAAUAUAUACCUAUCCGAACUUUUGCCACAGCAAGCCAUUCUGGCACAUCCAAACGUAAAGCUCUUUAUUAGCCACGGCGGAAUGCUAAGUAUUAUUGAGGCUACUUACUACGCGAAGCCUGUUUUGGGCAUGCCUUUGUUCUUCGAUCAAUUCAGAAAUUUGGAAGUUUUGAUUGAGGAGGAAGCAGCCCUUCAGUUAAACAUUAACAGCAUGACAAAAGAACAGCUGAAGAAUUCAAUGGAUAGCUUGAUAAAUCAACCAAAAUAUAGAGAAAAUGUGUUGGCUAUUUCCAAGAGAUUUCGGGAUCAGCCGAUGCAUCCGUUGGAUACGGCCAUCUACUGGACCGAAUACAUCAUGCGCUACAAGGGAGCGAAGCACAUGAGGGUCCCCCAAUCAAAGAUAAAGCUAGUUGAAUACUAUUCCCUGGACAAAUUCCUAAUGGUUGGAGUUCGACUAUGCCUGGUCGUGAGCAUAGUAUUUUUGGCUCUUUCCAAAAUGAGGUUUUGCCGCUUUAAUUUUGCCAAAUAUAUAAAACCUUUUUGGCCUCCGCUUGGUAUUCAACGUAAUAACGAAGGGCUUCGUUAAAAUGCUAUGCUUAUUUAUUAAAAUGUAUAUUUUAAAUUA